AUGCCUCGCUCUUUCUUGGUUAAGAAGAUCAAGGCAGACGCUUUCCAGCCCAGCCCGGCGACCCCUACUUACCACCCCUUGGAAACUUCGUACAAUGAGUUGGCGGGACCCCUGGGGGCCGGCGACCCUGGGCCCUCUGGAUUUCUCCGUCUGCCCCCACCCAGUUAUGACACAAAUGAAAAGAAGAAGCUCCACUUGGCGUCCUCAGACCCAAUCUACACGCCGGCGCACGAAGACUACAGUGACCCCGAGAGCCCCCAAUCCAGCUUGUCGGCGCACUACUUCAAUGGCGAAGCCGCAGUCACAGAGAGCUACUCGAUGGAUGCCUUCUUCAUCACCGACGGGCGGUCGCGGCGCCGGGGAGAGGGCCAGCGGCGGGGGGCGCACCGCCAUUCCUGCAGCGAGUGCGGCAAGACCUACGCCACAUCUUCCAACCUCAGCCGGCACAAACAGACGCACCGCAGCCUGGACAGCAAGAUGGCGAGGAAGUGCCCCACUUGCAGCAAGGCCUACGUCUCCAUGCCCGCCCUGGCCAUGCACAUCCUGACGCACAACCUCAAACACAAGUGCGACGUGUGUGGCAAGGCUUUCAGCCGGCCGUGGCUCCUGCAGGGACACAUGCGUUCCCACACGGGCGAGAAGCCCUUCGGCUGCUCCCACUGCGGAAAGGCCUUCGCCGACCGCUCCAACCUGCGGGCUCACAUGCAGACGCACUCGGCCUUCAAGCACUACAAGUGCAAGCAAUGCGAGAAGACCUUCGCCCUCAAGUCGUACCUCAACAAGCACUACGAGUCGGCCUGCUUCAAGGGGGCUGAGCAUGCCUGCGAGGCAGAGAACUGA